AUGGAUCCUGUCACUGGAAUUGGACUUGGUUGUGGACUGACAUCUUUAGCCUUCGAUGUCUUCGACCAUUCAGUAAAGCAUUUGCUAAUCGACACAGUCUUCAAAUUCUUCUGUUCUAUGGUCGAUAUGCCGAAGGAUUACGAGGGAUUUCGAGUACGAUUCAUCAUGGAAUACCACCGGCUCCUUGCUUGGGGCUAUGCCGCCGGUCUCGUCGAAAUUCCCGAGGGAUCCCAUCUUGCAGCAAGCUUAGGGACAAAUGCCACGGAGCUGUGUAGCGUUGUCGCUCGAAUCGGUGGGCUCCUGGAGGACUUCAAAGAGCUAUUUACUAGAUGGAACAAUGAGUCAGACUUGCCAGGGGACAAGGAAAUGGCUGAACAAAAUGCCCAGAGAAUUGACAUCGUGGCGGAAGUCUCCACCCUUGCAUCGCUAUACGACAGGAGCAUGGGCGGACGCAAGAGGCUCAAAGACCACAACUUCGUGAAACGGAUGGCAAAGGCUACAGAUACCGUCAAAGAUGUACUAUCGCACCCUCGACGAGUACGGUGGGUAGUAAGGGACGCGACGGCUUUCGAGGCAUUGCUAGUAGACCUCCAUCGCCUGACCGAGCGACUGCGGGAGCUAAUGGGCAACCACGAGAUACGACAGAUCCGCGAAAUUACGGCGAAGACGUUCCGUGAGAUGGUUGUCGUUCGGAACGACCUUCGUGAGAUCAUGGCCGUUUUGCACGCAUUGGUCACCACCAAGCAGCCUGCCGCAGGUCCUGGGGAUAGUCUGUCCAGCGAGAACGAGAACAAGGCCCUACAAGGACUUUUGCAGCUGAAAAGAUUUAAAUGCGCUUCAGACGAGAUAUCUCGUCAGAUCCAGCAGAAUGCCUGUUUCGACGUCAGGGAUAGCCUUAGUGAUUUGAUUACCGUUACCGGGUGUGAUGCUGUCACAUUCGAACGCAGCUUCAGCCGUUAUGAAGCAAAGACGCCAACAAGACAUGAUCCACGCCGGCCGCGUGGCACUUUCGUUCAGAAUGGAAAGCCACAUGAGGUAUGGCUUGAAUGGAGGGUGACGGACGAUUCCAUGCCCGGAUCGUCAGAAGAGAAAGAGUCUCGGAUACGAACGUGGACCCUCGCACAGAUGCUUUCCGAGGACAAACCCAAAGGUCUCUUUGCAUCCACCUGCAUAGCUUUCGUGGAUUAUCGCCACGUCAAGAACAAAGUGGGCUGGGUUUUUGAGAUGCCUCACGGCUCAAAUGGUAACACCACACUGAAGACCUUGCACGGCAUGUUGGGCCAGAAACAAUAUCGCCCGACCAUGGUCCAACGCAUUUCCCUCUCCUGGAAGGUGGCAUCGUCUUUACUCUACCUUCACACAGCAGAUUGGCUUCAUAAAGGUAUCCACAGCGGUAACGUCGUGUUCGCUUGCGAGCAAGAGAAUGUCGAUUUCGACAACCCAAUUCUGUCUGGUUUUGAAUAUUCGAGGCCACAAAGCAUCGGAACCACUUCGCGAGGCACUGAUCCGAGGUGGGACAUAUAUCGAUGGCCAAGCAUUCAGAGCGAGGCGCCCAAGACCACAAACUCUCGGAAGACUUAUGAUAUCUACAGCCUUGGUCUCAUGCUGCUGGAGAUUGCCCACUGGAAGCCGCUUCCUGACCUCAUGUGCCUGGAAUCGUGGCCCUCGCCAACAUUACAAGACUGCCAGAUUCGAGGUUGGCUGCUCGGCGAGCUUGAGCAUGAACCUUUCAAAGAAAAUCCACUUCUUGCAUUGCGCGAUGUGGCGGGCAACCAGUAUUUUGAGGUAACCCGACGCUGCCUUGUAGCUCAUGGUGAGCUUGGUAUGUGUGUGGGAGAGAAUGACCUGGAAUCGGAUCCCAGAGUCGGCGUGAAGCUUCAAAACACGUUCACCGAGCUCGUGGUUGACAAGGUCCAAAUGCUCUCGGCGGUACUCUAG